AUGCUGUUGACUGAAGCUCAUCUUGAGACUCCGCAGGCCUUUGGCGCCGCAUUCAUCCUUGGAGUGUUCGUGCAUAUCUUUGUUCUACGAAAAGGAGAAUGGGACCUUUGGACUGUCAAGUUUAUCAAGACAUGGGCAACGUAUGAGGUCACUGUCUCGUUGUUUCUCACCCAACUCUACUCAUUUUCAGUCUGGCAAGCUUUAUCAGUCACCAACAAAUGGUUCGCAUCAUUUGCUGCUGGGCUCACAAUCAGUAUCCUAUCAUAUAGAGCAUUCUUUCACCGACUGAACCAUUUCCCGGGUCCAUUUAUUGCUCGUCUCUCAACGGUCUACGCUACUUAUCUAGCGGUAGAUGAAGAGCAUAUGUACCUUGAAGUCCAAAAGCUUCAUGAGAAGUAUGGAGACAUCGUGAGAAUUGGACCUACCGAGAUAUCGAUCGCAACACCAAGUUCAUUCCGGCCCAUUCACGCUCCCUCAUCCCCGGUCGUCAAAUCGCCUUUCUAUGGCAUCACCCAUCCAUGGGUAAUGCUUCUCUCUGAGCGACGAAAGAAAGAACAUGCCAUCCGCCGUAAAGCAUGGGAUAGAGCGUUCACUACAAAAGCCUUGCGCGAUUAUGAGCACCGAGUGCUCAAAUACACCAAACUUCUCACUGACCGCAUUGAUGAAGCGAAGGGUAAGCCAUUCAAUAUCGCCCUGUGGGUAAACUUUUACACCUUUGACAUCAUGGGUGAUCUUUCCUUCGGGAAAAGCUUCGACUUGCUUGAAAGGGGCGUCGAGCACCACUUCUUCACUGAGUCCCACAAAACCCAAGGUUUCAUGGGCGCAUUCCGACGAAUGAUCUGGUUCUUCCCUCUUGUUUCAUCCAUCCCAAUCGUGAACAAGUCAUACUUGGCUUUUCAGGCCUAUGUCAGGAAUCAAGUCGAGAGUCGACGAAAGAACCCACCGGCGGAACCAGAUGUUUUUAGUAGUAUUCUGGAGGAUUACGAUGCGAUUGAGAAGCCUACUCAGCAGGACUUCGAUAAUCUUUGUGGUGAUGCUCAUCUCAUUAUCAUCGCCGGCAGUGAUACGACUUCCUCUUCCACGACCUGUCUCUUGCACCAUCUCGUACUCCACCCUCAUGUACUGGCAAAGCUCCAGGCUGAGAUCGACGAAUACAAGAGCACCCACGAUGAAUAUGACCUAGUUUCCUUGAGCAAGCUACAGUAUCUCCAAGCAUGUAUCGAUGAGUCUCUUCGUCUUUAUCCUGUUGUUCCUUCAGGUGUGCCAAGGAUGACUCCUCCGGAAGGGCUGCAGCUUGACGAUGUCUACAUACCUGGAGAUACAAUUAUACACAAUCCUUCUUACACAAUGUAUAGAGAUAAACGUUGCUUUGAGAAGCCAAACGAGUUUAUUCCUGAGCGAUGGACUACCAGACCGGAGCUGAUCAAAGACGCUUCAGUCUACGCACCAUUCUCAACUGGUCGUGGCGUUUGUGCUGGAAAGCAACUUGGUCUUAUGGAGAUGCGCUAUGUCCUCAUGGAUAUUCUCUCGCGAUACAAUAUUGCCCUCGCACCAGGGACCAAUCCUCAGGCUUUCAUCGACGGCCUAAGAGAUUGUUACACUCUGGAACUGCCAAGGCUGGAUAUGGUGUUUACUGCACGAGCCGAAGCCAAGGUUGAAGCAUAG